AUGACUACCGAAGGUGCUAGCCUGUACCCUUCCCUCGAAAACCGCCCUGUCAAGAGCACUAUCUGCCUGUUCGACGUCGAUGGCACUCUAACACCCGCUCGACAGGUUGGGGGCUCCGAUCUCGUCAAACAACAAGAACAACUGGCCACCCCUGCUACAAAUGUCACAUCCCUGUUUGAUUUCUGCUUUGCUGAGAACGGUCUGACUGCCUUCAGACUCGGCAAGCCAAUGGCUAGCAACAGCUUCAUUCAAUGGCUUGGUGAAGAGAAGUACCAGAAGCUCGUCAACUUCGUCCUUGGAUAUAUGUCCAAGUUGACACUUCCAAAGAAGCGAGGUACCUUCAUGGAAUUCAGAAACGGCAUGGUCAACAUCAGUCCUAUUGGACGAAAUGCCAGUGUAGAAGAGAGAAAUGAGUUUGAGAAGUAUGACAAGCAGCACAACAUCCGCAAGACCCUGGUCGAGGCUUUGAAGAAAGAAUUCCCUGACUAUGGACUCACCUACUCCAUUGGAGGACAAAUCUCCUUCGAUGUCUUCCCUACUGGCUGGGACAAGACCUACUGCCUUCAGCACAUUGAAGCUGAGAAGUCCAUCUCUGGAGUUGAAUAUACCACCAUUCACUUCUUUGGUGACAAGUGCUUUGAAGGUGGAAACGACUAUGAAAUCUUUAGCGAUAAGCGAACUAUCGGCCACUCCGUUUCUGGACCACAAGAUACCAUAAAACUGCUUAAGGAGCUGUUUGGCUUGUAG